UUCAUUAAUUAGAGUAGAGGCUCUUCUAAGAUUGGCAUGAUUCCAAACUUUUUUGAGCACGUGUUUGAGGGCUAGAUGCGCGAAGAAAAGUUAACAAAAUGGCUGCAAACGUUGACCUCGCAAUCCUCAGUGUAUCAGACAAAUCUGGACUUGAAAGUUUUGCAAGAAAACUCAAAGAUUUUGGCCUAGACCUAGUAGCAUCUGGAGGCACUGCUAAAGUUGUAAGGUCAUCAGGUGUUGAUGUGAGGGAUGUGUCUGAAAUGACUGGUGCUCCUGAAAUGCUUGGAGGUAGAGUAAAAACACUACAUCCAGCUGUCCAUGCAGGAAUUCUAGCAAGAAAUACAGAUCAGGACAGUGCAGAUAUGAAGAAACAGGAUUUUAGUCUUGUUAGAUUCGUUGUUUGCAACUUGUACCCAUUUGUCAACACUAUUGGCAAAGAAGGAGUUACCAUUGACGAUGCUGUUGAAAAUAUCGACAUUGGGGGAGUAACUCUUUUGAGAGCAGCAGCAAAAAACCAUGCAAGGGUUACUGUAAUCUGUGAUCCUGCAGAUUAUUCUAUGGUACUGGAUGAGAUGGCCAAAUCAGAAACGCGCGACACAACCCUUGAAACGCGGAAAUACCUUGCUCUAAAGGCUUUCACGCAUACGGCUCAAUAUGAUGAAGCCAUUUCAAAUUACUUCCGGCGGCAGUAUUCAUCUGGGAUAUCCCAGCUUUCAUUGCGGUAUGGAAUGAACCCCCACCAGAAGCCAGCCCAGAUAUUUUCAUUACAGUCACAGUUGCCUAUUAAGGUUGUGAAUGGUUCGCCUGGAUUUAUUAAUUUGUGCGAUGCAUUGAACGGGUGGCAGCUUGUCAAGGAACUAAAAAAUGCAUUAGGUAUUCCAUCCGCUACGUCGUUCAAACACGUGAGUCCUGCAGGUGCUGCAGUUGGUGUAGAGCUGACAAAUGACGAAGCAAAGCUCUGCAUGGUCGACGAUUUGAUUGGUCAGCUAACUCCUCUUGCCAACGCUUACGCGAGAGCUCGCGGGGCCGACAGGAUGUCAUCUUUCGGUGAUUUUGUUGCAUUAUCUGAUGAAUGUGAUGUGCCAACGGCAAAAAUCAUAUCUCGGGAAGUAUCUGAUGGCAUAAUCGCUCCAGGAUACGAGCCAGCAGCUUUAGAGAUCUUGAAGAAGAAGAAAGGAGGAAACUACUGCAUACUGCAGAUGGAUCCAGAUUACGAACCAUGUGAAAUGGAAUUGCGAACGCUUUACGGCCUGAAAAUGGAACAGAAAAGGAACGACGCUGUUGUUGAUGCAAAAAUGUUUGAAAAUGUCACUUCAAAGAACAAAGAAAUAUCAAGUGAAGCCAUGCGAGAUUUAAUUGUUGCAACGAUAGCCGUGAAGUACACCCAGUCGAAUUCUGUUUGUUAUGCCAAAAGAGGACAGAUAAUUGGAGUUGGGGCCGGGCAACAAUCACGGAUUCAUUGUGUCCGAUUAGCAGGAGAAAAGGCAAAUAACUGGUGGCUCCGCCAACACGAAAAAGUCAUCAACAUGAAAUUCAAAAAGGGCACCAAAAGAGCAGAGAUUUCGAACCUCAUUGACACGUACGUUUGCGGAACUGUAGGUCAGGACAUGGACAAAGAAACUUGGGAGUCUGCCUUUGAAGUUAUACCCGAGCAGUUAACUCAGGAGGAAAGAAAAGAUUGGCUCAAGAAGCUCAAAGGUGUGGCGUUGAGCUCCGAUGCAUUUUUCCCGUUUAGAGACAGUGUGGAUCGAGCUGUCCAGAGUGGCGUUGAAUACAUAUGCAGCCCAGCAGGCUCAAAUGCUGAUCCUGUAGUCAUACAAGCUGCAGAUGAUCAUGGCGUUGUUCUGGUUCACUCCAGUGUUCGCUUGUUCCAUCAUUAGGACCACCUCAUAAAGAGAAAGGAGACCACGCACAAACAGUUAGUGGCCAAACUAAAGUGCAAACGUGAGAAUCAGCAAGCUUUGUUUCUAGAUAAAAUGUUCCAUAAAACGUCUGUCCUCGAAUAAGUUCUAGGGGGCUUAUUUCGCAAAAAAUUGGGGUGGGGCUUAUUUAGCAGCAGCCAAGAAUGUUACCAGUUUAAAAUGGUUUAAAAUAGUUUAAAAUGUAGAUAUAUUGGGAUAUACCUAUUGUUUUCAAGGCAAUACCUCAAUCUAUGGGGGCUUAUUCGGGGGUAGGGGCUUAUUUUACAAAAAUUUCUUUAGGGUAGAGGUAAACUUUCCCAAAGUCUAGGGUAGGGGCUUAUUAAAGGGAGGGCUUAUUCGAAGUUGGGGCUUAUUCGAAGUUGGGGCUUAUUUUACAAAAAUUACUUUAGGGUAGGGGUAGACUUUCCGAAAUUCUAGGGUAGGGGCUAAUUAAAGGGAGGGCUUAUUCGAAGUUGGGGCUUAUUCAAAGUUGGGGCUUAUUCAAAGUUGGGGCUUAUUCGGGGACUUAGCUAAGAGAAAAGGGAGCAUUCAUAGUAUAACUAAUGUUAAUUUAUUUUUUAAGUUAAAUGUUACUUUUUUAUAAGUAGUGUUUCAGUCUUGGCCAAAUCGCUUAGCUAGAUCGUAUUCAAAAUCUGUUCGCGAUACAUACAACAACGUCAUUGUUUUGUCGAAUUCCCUGGAAGACCGACAAACCCUCACAAAGGAGAGAACUUAUAAUUUAACAAAACUAUUUUAUAAACUGUAAGAGCUAAAGAGCUAUACUACUUGCUGAACAGAGGACAUUAGUUAAAAAUUUGUGAAUAUUGUGCUUUCAGUUCUUUUUUAAAAAAACAAUGAGCUUCAAUGUUUCAA